AUGGCGGAGGAGAAGACCUUCCGCUACGGGUUCAUCAUCUUGGGUUUCUUCCUGGUGAUGGUGGGGAUGUUCAUCAUGAGCGUGGAAAAGCCUCAGUACUACAUCACCUUCUGUGUCCUGGGUGUCCUGCUCAUAGCCGUGGGCAUCACAUGGAGCAUGUGCCAGUGCUACCCAAAGAUAACCUUCAUCCCUGCGGACCUCGAGGCCCAGCGGUUCCUGGACCACAAACCCAUGGUGCUGCCACGGAAGGACACCAGCUUAAUUGCCCCCUGCCCCAACCAAGAGGCCACCAGCACCUAUGAGAAGAGCCUGCCAUCCUACGAGCAGACACAGAGGCAAGUGGUCAGCUCAGCUCCACUCCCACUCCCACCCAUGGAACAGCCCAGACCCCGCAGCUGCUCCCAGUCAGCCAUGCAGGCCAAAGCAGAGGUCCACCGUGAGCUGGGGGGUGCUGGACAACCCCUCCAGGACCUGGCACCUUGCCUGGAAACAGCAGCAGGCAGCUGCCCCUCCCGGCCAGCCCCGGGGGAUGCCCCGCUGGCGUCGCUGCUGGAGGAGAUGGACACGCCAUCGCUGGAGGGCUCCGUGCCCGGCAGCCCCACGCCACAGAACCGGACCCUGCCCUCCGCUGGCCGCACCCCGAGCAGCUCCCCGGCAGCGGGAGAGCACCCCCGGUCCCCUCGGAAAGGCCAUGGGGAGGAGGAUGAUCUCUACUACGGGCUCCAGGAGGAGCCGGAUGCGCUGCUCAAGGAGAGUGAUGGCGUUUUUGAGCCUGAAAACUGA